AUGUCGUAUUCCUUCCGUGUGUCCUCUAUGCGCAACAUCGCGUAUCAACAGGACAACGAAUACAGUAUUCAAUUGAAUCGCUGGUUUCUAAAACCAAUCAGUGCUUGGCCAGAAACCAAUACUAGUAUCGCCGGCAAGGUGCUAUCCCAUGCUAUCCAAUUUGUCUGUCAUUCUCUGAUUGCCUUCACGGUAGUACCGUGCAUAUUAUACAUCAUAUUUGAGCCGGAUGUGCAUCUAAAGCUGAAGGCUUUUGGUCCGAUGAUACAUUGCCUGAUGGGCGGCGCGAACUAUUGUUCAUUACUAAUGCGUAACUACAAGAUACGCAAGUGCGUGGACCAUAUGCGUGCCGAUUGGCAGUACGUGGGUACAACGUACGAUCGCGAGGUGAUGCUGCAAAAUGCAAAAUUCGGUCGAUUUGUGUCCGCUUUUUGCGCGGUCUUCAUGCAAGGCGGUAUCUGUUCCUUCUGUAUCAUUACCAUUCUGACACCGGCGAACGUUCGAAUCGGAAACGUCACGAUAACUACGCACCAGCUUCCGUGUCCAUUCUACAUGGAGCUGCUGGACACUAGAUAUAGUCCAGCGAACGAGAUUGUGGUUGUUUUACAAUUGUUGUCAGCUGUCAUAGUAAACUCCGUCACGGUGGGCGCGUGCAGUCUUGCUGCGGUCUUCGCCAUGCAUGCUUGUGGCCAGCUGAGCAUUCUGAUGAUGAGAUUGGACGAACUUGUCGACGAAACAGAAAGCGAACAUAAAGUCACGCGACGAAAAUUGGCUAUCAUCGUGGAGCAACAUCUCCGUGUACUGAGUUUUGUAUCGCAGAUAGAAACGAUUAUGCAUCAGAUAUGUCUCGUCGAAUUUUUAGGUUGUACCACUGAUAUAUGCAUGGUUGGAUAUUAUAUGAUUACGGUAUGCUGGUAUCACAUCAAAUAA